GGGAAGCCGGCAAGUAACAUGACUAAAAAGAAGCGGGAGAAUCUGGGCGUCGCUCUAGAGAUUGAUGGGCUGGAGAAGAAGCUGUCACAAUGUCAGAGAGACCUGGAGGCUGUGAACUCCAGGCUCUAUGGGGCAGAGCUGAGCUCAGAGGCCAGGAGGUCUCUGGAGAAGGAGAAAAGCAGCCUGAUGAACAAAGCCUCCAACUAUGAGAAGGAGCUGAAGUUACUUCGGCAGGAGAACCGGAAGAACAUGCUGCUGUCUGUGGCCAUCUUCCUCCUCCUGGCCCUCAUCUACGCCUACUGGACUCUGUGAGCCUGAGAUUUCUCCAGUCGAUGCAGGCUUCCCCUCAGCUCCGUGGUCCUGGCCAAACAGGCCCUUCAAGCCUCAAGAGGACCAAGGUGCAAGGGCCAUUUCUCCUUGACCCAGACAUCUGAGCAGGGCUUCCUGUUGGCCCAGCCCCUCUUGUCUCCCAUUCCUACUGUGGGGCUUGAGUCUCCAGAAGGACUUUGUGCUGGCGUAGCCUAAGGGAAAGGCAAUAAAGAUCACCCUGGC